CAUUUCUGCGGGGCGAAGCUUUCUUUUGGCGAAGCUCUUUGCCGCAGCCAUGGCUUUCAACUGGCAGCUGCUACUCUUUGCCUUCGCGGCGGGAUGCCUGCUGUACCCGCUUAAGCAAGCGCUUGAAGUGCCCCCGCAGCUUCCUUCGUUCGCCGCGCGCCGCCUUGCGUGGUCUGCCGAACCCGCGCUGGACGUGCGUGCCAAGGGCCCCGCCGUCUCUGUGGCAACGGGGGAGCUGCGAGUGAAUGGCCAGCCCUUCGGGAAGCUGCCGGGCAAGGUGGUAGGAGUGGGCGGCUUCUUGCACGGCUCCCUGGCGAAGGCGAUGAACUUCGAGGCCUUCCGGACCUGGGGCCUGGAUCAGUUGCCCUGGGCCCUGAAGCAGGCAGAGAGGACCAACAUGAUGGUCGUUGCAGGGCUCGACAUGUCGAGGGACCCCACGAAGUACCAGGGCCCGGAGAACUGCGCGGACAUGUGCGCCAGCCAGUGGUGGGCCAAUGAGCUGCAUAGGAUCCUGGGCAAAGUCGGGCAGUACGCCUCGCACCCCCGGAUUUUGUGGUGGUUGGUUGGGAAUGAGUUGGAGACGCCCAUCAACAACCAGGGCGGCAACGACUGUGUGUUCAAGAGGAUCAAUUGGGUGGCCCAGAAGCUGAAGGCUGCGGACCCAGAGCGGCCGGUGGGCACCGCCAUCGCAGGCAUCGCCCAGCCCAAAGUGGAGAGGAUGGCGAAGUUCUGCCCAGAUCUGGACAUCCUGGGCACCAACAUCUACGGCAACGACAUUUGGGAUGUGGGCGCGCAACUCCGGCGAUAUGGCUGGCACAAGCCCUGGGCCUUCACGGAGUGCGGCACGCUGGGGGCCUGGCAGGUGCCGAAGACCUCCUGGGGAGGACUCAUGGAGCCCUUGACUUCCACCUCCAAGGGCCAAUACCUGGACAGGGGCUUGCAGAUGUGCAAGGCGGACGACCAGUGCGUGGGCUUCUUCGCCUUCUUGUGGGGCUGGAAGUGGGAGAAGACGGGCACCUGGUUCGGCAUGCUGGACAACUGGAAGGCGGUGAGCACGGUGCCUGGCGGCAUCCUGAACGACAUGGGCCAGCCCCUCUUCGAUGAGAUCAGCCCGCAGUCCGCGUGGCCCAUGCAACUGAGGGUCCACUUGGAGGGCGCGGACGUGCACGGGCCCAACAGUACCACCUGCGGACAGCUGGGCUUCAGUGCUGAGAAGGGCGCCGUGGUGCCAGUGGAUCUGCGGGUCGUGGCGCCGUACAUGCAGGAGCCCAACAAGGUUUGGAUGGAGUGGUACGUGACACCUGAGACGUCUGUGAACGCAAAGUCAGACGGCAACGUGCCGGAGGAGCAGCUCAACAUCAUCCCGAACGCCGUCCACUACUGCAAGAACGGCUUCCGGGGCCUGGUGCAGACCUCCCACCUCAAGGAGGGCAGUUACCGCCUCUACGGCUUUGCACGGAGGAACCGCUUCCAAGACCAGACGAUGCGUGAGGCUGCCGCCUCCAUCGCCUUCCAAGUGGGCCGGCAGCACUGUGAAACGGCGAAGAACGGCAGCACCUGCGACACCGCGGUGAAGCUGGCGAGGACCGCCACGCGGCGCAUGGGCGUCGCCACCUGGCCGACGGCCGGCCUGACAGUCGCCUCCCACUACGAGGAGUUCCAGGCAGCUCUGCACGUGAACCACCAGGGGGACUGCCCGGCGCCCUGCAGCCCACAAAUACCCAAGAACUUCACCGGCACCUGUGACGGCGCGGCGCAGGUGAGCGCGCAUGACGCGGAUGUGCGGGACCUGUUCUUCUUCGACGUGCCGAAGCACAAGCCCAAGCCCUGCAAAGACGCCGAGUGGGGCGAGGACUGCUACUGGGCGGUGAAGUGGCUCCUGAAGACCGGGAUCCACACCAUGCCCGAGGCCUUCCCCGAGCUGAGCAAAGCGCCCAGCGCCGCGGAGGCGCAGCAGGCCCUCUACGUGCGCGCGAAGAACGGGUGCCGCCGGCCCUGCCCACCAGGCAACGAGACGAAGCAGAACCUCAUCCAACUGAAGUAGCCGACAUGUUUUUUGUGGAUGCCGGAUAAAGCCGGCUUGGCGCCACCCGUGCGUCCUUGAGAUUCCUUGAGUCAUUGAGGCGCUAAGAGCCCGCCACGGCCAUACAGAAAUGGGCCGGCUGGGAUGGCUGUUUGGUGUGAGGCGUGCGAACAAACGGGGGACGACA